CGUAGCGGGAAGGGCCGCGCUCGGCCUCGACAUGGCGGCGGCCGGCGCGGGGGGCGGGAAGGUUCCGGGCUGCCUGUUGAGGACAUCAAGGAUUCUGGACUCCUGUUACUGAAAUGAUACUACAGAAGGCAGCAAUUGCAUUGUGUUGGUUGGAUGAAACCUGAAUAUUUACUGUCAGUCAAGUGGGUGAAACCCCUAACUGCAGUUUACAUGUGUAGGUCACUGCGUUACUGUGUUAGUCACUGUCUCUAUGCAGCAAUGACAAGGCUAGAAGAAGCAAACAGAGAAGUGAACAUGCACUCAUCAGUCAGAUACCUUGGCUAUCUUGCCCGAAUCAACCUACUGGUUGCCAUUUGCAUGGGCCUUUAUGUCAGGUGGGAAAAAACUGCAGAUGCACUCAUUUUGGUAAUAUUUAUUCUGGGGCUCUUUGUUCUUGGAAUUGCCAGCAUACUGUACUACUAUUUUUCAAUGGAAACAGCAAGUUUGAGUCUCUCCAAUCUUUGGUUUGGUUUUUUGCUUGGCCUUCUCUGUUUUCUCAAUAAUUCUGCCUUCAAAACGGAUGUGAAAGAAGAAGCCACAAAAUAUUUGCUUCUCUCUGCCAUUGUUUUAAGGAUAUUAUGUGCUUUGAUUGAGAGGAUUUGUGGUUGUGUCCAUCAUCGACCAACUCUGCUGACAACAGUUGAACUUUUGGAGCUAGUUGGGUUUGCAAUUGCCAGCACAACUAUGCUGGUAGAAAAAUCUCUAAGUAUUAUUCUGUUGGUCUUGGCUUUGGCCAUGUUGAUUAUUGACUUACGUAUGAAGUCUUUUUUGGCAAUUCCAAAUUUGGCAAUUUUUGGGGCCAUUGCAUCCCUACUCUUUUUUCCAUCACUGAAAAUCCCCACAAACCCUUUUGCCUUGGCAUGUUUCUUCAGCUGCCUCAUUUCAGAUCCACUUCUAGACGUUUACUUCAGUGGCCUUUCCGUUACUGAGCGAUGGAAGCCCUACCUGUACCGUGGUAAAAUUUGCAGGCGGCUUUCUGUCAUCUCAGUUGGAGUCAUUGAACUAAUCUUUUUCAUUCUUGCAGCCUUUAAACUGCGUUAUUUGGAUCUCUGGUAUUUUGUGAUACCUGGUUUUUCUAUUUUUGGAAUUUUUUGGAUGAUCUGUCAUGUUAUUUUUUUUAUAACCCUUUGGGGAUUUCACACAAAACUAAAUGACUGCCACAAGGUGUACUAUACUCACCGUGCAGAAAACAACAGCCUGGACAGAGUCAUGGCAUCUAAAGGAAUGCGUCACUUCUGUUUGAUCUCAGAACAGCUGGUGUUUUUCAGCCUUGUUGCGACUGCUGUUUUGGGAGCUGUCUCUUGGCAGCCAACCAAUGGGAUCUUCAUGAGUGCAUUUCUCAUUGUUCUACCUUUGGAGUCCAUGGCUCAUGGGCUUUUCCAUGAACUGGGAAACUGCUUGGGAGGAACGUGUGUUGGGUAUGCUAUUGUGAUUCCCACCAACUUUUGCAGUCCUGAUGGCCAGCCAACUCUUCUUCCACCUGAGCAUGUCCAAGAGUUAAAUCUGAGGUCUACUGGCAUGCUCAAUGCCAUCCAAAGAUUUUUUGCAUAUCACAUGAUUGAGACAUACGGUUGUGACUACUCUACAAGCGGACUGACCUUUGAUACCCUACACUCCAAGAUCAAGUCUUUUCUUGAACUUCGGACUGCAGAUGGACCCAGACAUGAUACCUACAUUCUGUAUUACAGUGGUCACUCACAUGGCACUGGUGAAUGGGCACUGGCAGGGGGUGAUGCUUUACGACUUGACACGCUGUUGGAGUGGUGGAGAGAAAAGAACGGCACUUUUUGUUCUCGACUGAUCAUUGUUUUAGACUGUGAGAACUCUCAGCCUUGGGUUAAAGAAGUAAGAAAAGUAAAUGACCAGUACAUUGCUGUGCAAGGAGCAGAAAUGGCCAGAGUUGUAGACAUCGAGGAAGCAGACCCUCCACAGCUUGGUGACUUCACCAGGCAGUGGGUUGAGUACAACUGUAACCCUGACAGCAACAUCAGCUGGUCUGAAAAGGGCCGCACGGUGAAAGCGCUGUAUGGGGUAUCAAAGCACUGGAGUGACUACACUUUGCAUUUGCCAACGGGAAGUGAUGUUGCCAAACACUGGAUGAUAUACUUCCCACGCAUCACCUAUCCAUUAGUACAUUUGGCAAACUGGUUUUGUGGUCUCAAUCUGUUCUGGGUCUGUAAAGCAUGCUUUAGGUGCUUAAAAAGAUUGAAAAUGAGUUGGUUUCUUCCCACAGUGCUGGAUACAGGACAGGGCUUCAAACUUGUCAAAUCCUAAUCAGCAACCAAAGAGAUAAUGAAGUGAGAGCUCUGUGAACUUUCUCACUGUACCAUACUUACAACUUUUUCUACAACUAUUUUUCUCUGAAAAAGUCUUCUCUACUCACUUUAUUCAGCUUUUUGAGCAGCUACAGUAUAUGCAACAGUUAGAAAAUGCAAUCUUAAACAGAAGAGGGUAGAACUAUGAUAUUUUUGAAUUUUGUUACAUGUACAUAUGUAAGAGAUUUAUUUAAUAUGACCAUGCAUUUUGGAGACAGGUCACGUGUUCAUAUGUCUUACUUAAGGCAGCCUUUGUUUAGAGACAACAGUUUGAUGGACAGGAGCUCUUGUGAACGCUAAACCAUGCUGAUCUGUCAUUUAUGUUCACUAUACGGUUUAAAUACAGGAAAGGAACCAAGCUAAGACUCCAGCCAAUUUACAUGUCAUAUGUGGUGGGGUCACUGAGCAUAUACAGCUACUGUAUGUAAGUAGCUACCAAGAAGCAUUAGUUUUAUUUGCUUUUACAUCUUGUGCCCUGCCUCAGUUCUCUACUGCCAUCAGUGGAAAUUUGCCACAGAAAACAACUCAUACUUCUCAGAUGGUGUGUUCUGAAGUGAGUUUUAAAAACAUUCAGUGGUACUUCCAACAUUAAAUAUCUUGCUGGUGAUCUUUGAGCAUACAUUCCCAGUAGUUAAUUCAUAUAUGGAAUGAAAACUGCACUGAGCAUUUUUCCCUCACCUGUUAGGUGAUUCUGAAUUUUCCAGGUUCUUGUUAGUUUGUAUUUUGAAAAGUUACUCUGAAGAAAACAAAGCAAAGCAAAACCCAAAGAAUUUAACAAGGAAAAUAAUCCAUAGAUAAAAAAUGGGAAUACAAGUGUUGCCUUGUUUGCAUAUUUAUCUGAAGUCUUUGGCAGGCCUAAGAUCUUGAUUCUGUGAAA